GGGCGAUCGCGAUUGCUAACAAACGAUGUCAACAGCCGUUAACGCUGCAGCCGCAUCGACAACGAGCGACCACUGCGUAGAACUGGACCGGGGGACCGGACUCUGUUGCACGGUGCAUUUGCUCGCGGACGUUGCAAACACCCCCGAAAUACGCAGGAAAAUCGUCACCGGCGAGUUCCGUUGCUGCGCGGUCAAGGCUUCGCUCGUGAUCGACGCUCUCCAAGUGGUGGUCGCCGCCAAUAAAGCCGCUCUCAACGCUAAGCAGAAUCGAUUGACCACCAGGACGGUGUACACGGAGGUGCUGUUUUCUCUGUCACCGUCCAAGAACAUAUCUCGCUCCUUGACCGACUUUGGUAUCGGUGACAGCGAUAGGAACGUGUUGCUGAUAUUCCUGCACAAACCUGACGAGCAACAGGCCAUGUCGGAGGUCUUGGCGGGCGUCGGGGGAGAGAAGAUGCCCGUCUCGAGUGUACGAGACUUCGCAGACGCGAAUCUCGUCCGGAAGACUUACAAGAUUGACCAGGAUGAACUGCGCGUCUCCAAUCUCACCGAUGCCGUCGUGUCGAGGAUCAGUUGCAAGGAACUUAUGUUAAUGAAGUAACGAUCGACCAGAACCACUAUCGGCGUUUGAUUACGGGCAUUAAUUAUUGUCAGUGAUGAGAGAAAUUUUAUUUCAAAUAUAUAAUUCAAGUAAAAAUUGAA